GAGAGAAAAUGUUGUAUUAUUUCAAGCUGCACAAAGAGACUUGGUUUUAAAACAAAGGCCUUAUCACACUUGCUAGCUAGCUUCAGCAGCAACAAUGGCUUCAGUCACUUGGCUUCAGCCAACCAACUCCACAAUCUCUUCUUCUCGCUUCAAACCUCACCCCACCACUCCAAACCCUAACCCUCAUCAUCUCUUCCUCAAAACCCAACCUUUCUCAUCCUUCAAUCCCACCCCACCCAACCCAUUUCGCACUUCCGCCGUCAAUAAUCCCAGCACCAACCGCCGCUACACCCGCUCCUCUCCGCCGCAACCCACCCGCCCUCGCUCCAAACCCGUAUUCAAAACCCAACCCACCAACUACCCGACCCGAAAUGAACCAAAUGUGGGCGACCCAUCACUGAAAGACGUGGACUUGAUGGGUCUGUGCAAGGAGGGCAAGGUCGAAGAGGCCUUGGAGUAUAUGGGUCAUGGCGUUUCUGCCGAUUACGGUGUUUUCUGUGCGUUGGCGGAGCUCUGUGACGGCUUGAAAUUUGGGAGGAAGAUUGAGCAGUACUUGAAAUUGACGCCUUUUGGUAGAGAUAUCGAGUUGAAUGUGAAAUUGAUUGAAAUGUAUGCCAAAUGUGGGAGCACUAGAGAUGCACGCAAGGUGUUCGAUAGAAUGCCUGAGAGGGAUUUGAGGGUGUGGCAUUCGAUGAUCAAUGCGUAUGCGGCGAAUGGGGAAGGGAGUGAGGGGGUGGUGUUGUUUGAGAGAAUGAGGAGUGAGGGGUUGAAGCCGGAUAAGGAGAGUGUUGCGGUGGUGUUGGCGGCGUGCGCGAGUGCGGGGGCGGUGGAAGAGGGGGUGAGGUACUUUGAAUCGAUGGAGGAUGAGUAUGGGAUUGUGCCGGAGAUUGAGCAUUAUGUAGGGGUUGUUGAUGUGCUUGGGAAGUCUGGUCAUUUGAAUGAAGCUGUGGAGUUCGUUGAGAGGAUGCCGUUUGAGCCUACCACGGAAGUUUGGGAGGCUCUUAGGGACUUGGCACGGAUUCAUGGAGAUCUUGAGCUUGAAGAUCGCGCGGAGGAGUUGUUGGUUAGUUUUGAUCCUUCUAAGGCUAGUGGUGAUAAAAUGCCGUUGCCUCCAAGGAAGAAGUACUCUGAGAUUAACAUGCUGGAGGUGAGGAAUAAGGUGAGUGAGUAUAGGUGUAUAGACAUAUAUGGAGAGUCAUAUGAGCAAUCGAAAGGUUUGAGAGGACAGAUGAGGGAAGCAGGUUAUGUGCCGGAUACUAGGUACGUGUUGCACGACAUUGAUCAGGAAGCAAAAGAGCAGGCUUUGCAGUAUCAUAGCGAACGGUUGGCAAUUGCUUAUGGUCUGAUCAGUACACCUGCUAGGCAAACUCUACGGAUUAUAAAGAACCUUCGUAUCUGUGGUGAUUGCCAUAAUGCAAUUAAAAUCAUGUCGAAGAUUGUUGGGAGGGAGCUGAUUGUUAGGGAUAACAAGCGGUUCCAUCAUUUCAAGAGUGGGAAAUGCUCAUGUGGAGAUUACUGGUAAAGUUAUAAGGUGAUGGAAGUUUCUCUCCAAAACCAGGGUGUGGUGCCAUGUUAUGUAAUGCAACUUCAUUGCUGCACCCGAAAAACCAAAAUGAAAAACUUUUGCUAGAAAUUGACUUGGGGAAUCUUAUGAGCAUCCACUGUACAUUAUUCAUGUAGUUAAAUUCAGUUAAAUCAAAUAGAAAGAGUGAUGUUUUUGU